UUUUUGUUUUGUUGCUUUUUUUUUUUUUUUUUUUUUUUCCCCUUUGUGUGUGAUCGAUCGGAGAAUCAAUCUGCGCCGCGGUAGAUAUGGCGGACGCGCAAUGGGCGGCGUCUUCUUCUUCUUCCGGCGGAGGUCGGCGGAAUGUCUCCCGCCCAAGCCGCGUCUCUCCAGGGGUGUUUGGCAACGCUGGCGGAGGGGCAAACAACACGGGCAACGCCUCGGCGCGCGGCGGAAGGGUCGCCGCUCACGGCAACGGCUUUUUGUCGUUUAUGGGAUUAUUCGAUUGCUUGAUGAUGUGCUUGCCGUCGAAGUGGGCGGCAAGAUGGAUCCAGCGUCGCUACUGGUCGUACAUGUCCGAUUCCGAGCUGGAUUUCGAAGAGUACGGCGAGAAGCCGGCGUGGGUCACGGGCUCCGCUCGGCGGGAGAUUGAAAUUGGACCGCGGACGGACUUCCGCCCGCCGUGCGCUGGCGGGAAACUUCUGUGCGGCGCGUACAAACUGGUUCUGGACCUUAGCGACAUCGUGGACUGGGCGGCACUCCUGCUGUUCGUAGCCCUUCUUGCCGCCUUCGCCUCCUCUUUCAUCGGCCACUCCCAGGCGCUCUUCUGGUUGUCGUGGAUCGCCUUCGCGCAGAGUGUGAUGUCCCUCCUCUCCUCCUACGCUAGGCGUACGCGCACCGGCGCCGAUCGCGGCGCAGAGGUUCCCUGCUCUUAUUGGCUGUCCAAUCCCCCAAGGGAAGCCAUAUCUGUGCCGCUCGGUAGUCGACUUCCCAUGUCCAUCGUCGAAGACGGCUGGGAGCUCCUUCAGAACCUGUUCAAGGGAGCGGUAGGUGCCGCUCUCUUGCUUCUCGUCGACGAUCAGCUUCCUCUCUCCUCCUCCUCCUCCUCCUCCUCCAUAUCCUCGUCAGGUGGUGGUGGUCAUGACAUCGCCAUCGCUCGGCAGAGAGCGAAAGAAGGGCUGUACGCCGGCGGCAUUCUUCUCGUACUCCAGUUCGCCAUAGCACUGCUGAGGUUCCUGAUGCACUUCGUAAAGGAACGGGAUCCCGGGCUGAAGGCGUGGAUGUCGCACUUUGUGCGACACCCGCGCCUGGCAGGCGCGAUGGCGCACGACAGCGAGUUGUGCGGCCUUCCCGCGCACUGGUUCAUGAGCGUAGGAGACGUCAAGCUCUCCUUGGCGUGGGCGCUCAGCAAGAUCCAUCAAUGGAAGCUGAGGCGGCACAAGUUCCGCGUCUUUUCCUACCGCGUGAGCGGGGCGGAGGCGGACCUCGGCGCGGCGACGGAGGUGUCGGACACCGUCGUGCAGAGGUACCUGGCGAUGUCGCUCAAGGCGCUCGAGCGCGCAUCCACCUACCCGAAGGGACGGGAAGAGAUCCUCCAGAACAACGGAUUUGAACUGGUGCUGUUCGCGCUGAAGCCGGGGGGGGACCCGCACGUGCGGGGCAUGGCGGCCAAGGUCGUGGAGUCCUUCUUCCUCAGCUUGGCGCGCAAUGCAUUCGCCGACGGCAAGGUCAACGCCGGCGGCGGCGACGAAGACUUCCGCCGCCAUGUCCGCCACCAUCGCCGCCGCCGCAAUCUCCGUACGAUCACGAUGAUCUCCGGCGGAUCGGCCGAUCCCCUUGUCGUAGCUCCGUCAUCGUCUUCAUCCUGGAGACUGCCAUGGAACCAAUCUAUGGACGACAUCACGUCGAAGGUGAUGGGGAGACGGCGGAAGAGCGCGGGCGCUGGGGGUGUGUGGGCGGGGGGAGGAAGCCAGCAGGAAAAUGACGAGAUGGAGAACCUGUCGGCUUCGUAUAUUCGGGCAGCCACGAUGUACCUAGUCGAGAUCAUACAGUCGCAACAGACGACGGCGGAGCAGAAGGAAGUGGCGGCGAAAGCACUCCUCUCCGUCGUGAUGGCGGCAAACACUAGCGUAACGUUUGCAUACGGCACGGCGCCCAGGCACCGCGUCUUGAGCACUCUUCCGCGAUGGAUGAGGACAACUCCAUCGGACGAUCCAGAUCAGUUCCCGGCAUUCUCGUCUUCUUCGUCUUCUGCUGGUGGUGGUGGUGGUGGUGGUGGUGGUGGUUGGUAUCCGUCCAUGGUUACGUCCAGGGGGAUGACGUCAACGCCAUCGGCGCAGGAGCGGGGAGGUGCAAUGGGAGAGGAGGAAGGGGGACAAAGAGGACACGUACAGCACCAGCAGCUGCAACAGGCUCAGCUGUCGUCGUCGCAGUCAAAUGCGGUUCGUGGCGGAGGGGAGGACGGCGACCAGCAGCAGCAGCAGCAGCAGCAGCAGUCACCGCCCAUGCGACGUCGGUCGUCAUUCCUAGAUCGCUUGCGGUCAGCGUCGACGGUUGACCGCAAUCCGACGACGAGCGCAGAGGCUGCUUCCGCUGCUGCAGGCGCCGUUGGUAGCGCGCAAAUGCUAGAUGCGGGUCCUCCUAUGCCCCGCACGGGAGGCGCAGCUAUGCCUGGCAACGGCGCCGCUGUGGCGGCGGGGAAUGGGAUCUCGGCGGGAGUGAUUGUUGCAUCGAGGCCUGGUGAAGGAGGAAGAGGAGGAAGAGGAGGAGGAGGAGGAGGAGGAGGGGAGGCAGCUGCUGCUGCCACCGCUGCUGGUUCAUCGAGUGCUGCAGUCUCGACGGCAGCAGCCGAAGCAGCGCGCCGUUGGCGCGCAGCAGCCAUUCCCUCGACGUCCGCCCCAGUGGCAAAUGACAGCGCCGCCGCGGGCACCGGCGCCGGGGUUGGGGGGCGAUCUCAAUCCCCUUCCCCUCCUCCGCGGCCGACAGGUCUGGGCCCGAGACGCCCUUCUCUCACGGAACGCGUAGAGGCUGUAUUAGGCUCAGUCCUGGACAAUCUGAAACUCCCCGCCAUCUCCUCAUCAUCAGCAGCAGGGCCGACCGGCGGAUCCCUCGGUCCUGCCGAGAGUUAUCACACCAUUCAGUCUCGCCGAGCCUACAAGGAGACGUGGCCAUGGCUGACGAUCGUCUGCGCGGCGACGGAGGAGAUCUUCGCCGGACCCGGCGAUCCGCGCGAUGACAACCAGUCGCGCAACAGCAAGAAGGAAAUCUUGCGCCAAGGCUACCGAAUCUCGAGUCUCCAGGCGCUGAUGAGCGCCUCCGAGCUGGAAAGCAACACCGUGGAGUCUCGCGUGCUAGCUCUGAGCAUCCUGAACGAGUUCUGCGCCGACGAGAUCUGUCGGGAUCUCUUCCUUCGCAAGCUCCGCGGCCUGGACAUGAUGGUCAGACUCACCGAUCCUCUCCCCGACAGCAUCUUCCGCGUCAAUCGGAUGGUGGACAACUUUAGCUACGAGAGGGAGAUCAAUGCCUUGCGACUCAAGGUGGUCCCCCUGCGCGUCCGCCUAGCGAUGGUCUUCCUGUGCCUCAAUGCAGACGAGGAGGACUACAGAGUGAUCACGCGCAACGCCAUGGACAGCUUGGAGAGGUUCGCCUUCAUCAAGCUGGUUCUUUCUCAAGACUUCCUCCGCUCGAUCCCCUCCUCCGGCAUGCUCUUCAUAGUGAUAGACGCUCUGCACGACGCCACGAUGAGAGCGCGUCGUCUGCCCCGCUUCUUCACCAGCUGCUUCUUUCAAUGGCAGUCUAGUCCGAUCUACGACCUCCUGCUGCAGCUGCAGGCGCUGACUGAGCACAUGAACUUCACUCGCAUCUUGCACAAGCUCGUGCAGACGUUCGAGGCGGACUUCCACCGAGGAUUUCGACUCAGCUUGUCCGAGCAGCACAAGCGGGAAAGGAAGUACCGCGAGGAACUGGCCAUGUAUCAGCUAGCGUGGGGGAGACUGUCCAUAGCCCGGCGCAAAAUGAUUCGGCAGAUUCUAUGGUUCGCCUCCAACUUCCCGCACUUCUUCUCCAGAGAGGCCAACCUCGAUCUCAUCUUCCGGUUCUCCGAGCUGGAGCCUGCCGGCGCGGAAUUCGGCGCCGCCGCCGGCGCGGCGACGGCGGAGUUUGUAUCCGCGCGUCAGCAACAGCAGCAGCAGCAGCAGCAGCAGCAGUAUCGAAGAGGAGGAGGAGAGGGAGGGGGAGGGGGAGGGGGAGGGGGGGGGGCGGCAAUGGGAGCUGCGUCGGGAGAUCCGGAUGCAUCGUUCAUCCAACGGUAUCUGAACGACAGCUUCAAUCUGUGGAAAGAGGAUCUGAUCGAGGGGCGACAGCAUUACCGAGGGGACGUGCAGCAGAUGCAAGAGAUGGCGGGCAAUUUGUGGACAGCAUGGAGGAAGCUCUACUCCUUGCAGUCCCACACGCCGACCACGUGGGAAGACUACCUGAACGAGCCGUUGGUAUCGGGACCGGCGAUAUUCUUGGCAUCGUCCGACGAGACCGACAGAACUCGCGCGUCCUCGAUCAUCCAUUGUCUGUACAUUCUCAUCGACACGUUGGUCCUGGCGCUAGUAGAUAUGGAGGCGGCGGAUUCGCUGGCCACCAUACCUGCAGUGAGAGGGUCGUGGGGGAGAGGGGCGACAUGGGCGGGAGGAGGAGGAGGAGGAGAAAGCGACGCAGAUGCUAGAGAGGGGGGUGCGAUCAAAAUAGGAGGAGGAGGUGGGGGUUCGGCGUACUCUCGCAGUGGAAGGGAUGGAGGAUGGGGUUGGUCCUUCAUGAUGGACGUCGCCGAAGACGGCAAGCUGGCAAAUGCGCUCCUGCUGAACGAGAGGCGGGAGGACUAUGUUCGCGGCGCCAGCGCAAGGAAAGACGUGCAGCGAAAGGCAGCCACCACACUUGUCAAGCUUUGUCAUAUUCAUGACCACCUCCGCACACGUGUCGCCUUGAGUUAUAACCUCCGCUCCAAUCUUGAGGCUCUCAGGGGCCUCAACCUCUCAGAGACGGACGAGCUCACGCAGAUCGUCCUCACCACAAAACCUGCAAACUAGUUAACUACCAGUAAGUAUACUACCUACAAAAAAAAAAGAAAAAAAGAAAAAAAAGAAAAGUAUAGUACAUGGAUGGAUGCGAUAGAUGAAUGCCAUUGAUGGAUGGGUUGGAUGGAUGAGGUGCAUGGAUAAGCUCUGAGCGAACGAGAUGGAUGAAUGGAGGAGAUUGAUUGGUAAUGGAAUCUUGAAAGUACAUGGAUGGAUGGAUGGAUGGAUGGAUGGAUGCAUCUAUUUAUGCAAACACUGCAGCUUGCAUUCAAGCGAAUGCAGAAAGUUCCUUUGUUGAUGGGAAAGGUGAAGGUGGAUCACAAGAGAGAGAGAGAGAGAGAGAGAGAGAGAGAGAGAGAGAGAGAGAGAGAGAGAGAGAGAGGUUGAGGAGGAGGAGAAGUUGGGAGAAGGGGGAAGGGAAGGAGGAGGAAGAGACGAGCAGAGAGUUACGCUGUCGCUCGGUAGUGGAAUACGUGGGAGAAACGGUCAUCUCAGGUCCACCUACACGGAGAUCGACGUGGUAAUGAAUCUCUAUUAAUAGC